AUGGUGGUGACAGAGCUGAAAGGCCGCAUACUAGUAUAUAGCAUCAAUGGAUGUGUACAUUGCAUUCAAGCCAAACGACUUUUGGAAAAGUUUCAACUACCUCACAUCACUGUCAACGUGGACAUUCACACCCAGUGUAAAGACUGGAUGCUUGCUAAUCUUAAAAAGAAAAGUGUCCCGCAAAUAUUUUUCAACGAUGUGCAUAUCGGCAACUACAAUGACCUGAAAGCGCUUAUGUCAGAUGAUAAUCGCCUUGCAGAACUAAUUGAACUUGUCAAAAACAAUCCUUUAUCAGAAGCAGCGCUCAAGAUUCCGUGCCCAGAAACUGAUUUGGAUAAUUUUUUUUCGUGUGAAAUCAACUGCGAGACGGAUGAAUAUGUCGAUUUGGUGAAUGACUUGAAAAAAAGUGGCAUCAUCGCGUAUCGUUGGAGUGGUCUAUGUAAGUUUAAAAAACUGUUUAGUGAGAAAGAUUUUGUCGACUGGGUAACAAAAACGAAAAAUACUGACUAUCAGGAAGCUGUGAGAUUGUGUAAAGCCUUACUAAGUCACCACUUUUGUCGUGAAGUCUCCAAUGCAGGAUGGCUUAACCGUGACGAUACAUAUUAUAUGCUACUCGAAGAUCUAUCCAGCUCGGCAUUGAACGCGAAACCCAUUUCAUUUUGUAAACCAACGACUCUAGACAAGCUAGGGAAAAGAUUACGUUUCCAAAUAUCUGCUAUAUAUGACUCUUACCUCUCUGCGAACGGCAAAGUUGUCGAUUACAAAAGUAUUGAAGACAGCAACGAAUUCAAACAAUAUGAGAAAUUAACUCUUCAACUACAGCGUGUACAGUUCGGAUAUGAAAGUGAUGAUCAGAAACUUGCCUUUUUUAUCAACAUAUACAAUGCCCUAGUGAUUCACGGGAUUAUUCGUUUUGGACCCCCAACUAACAUUGUGACACGAUACAAUUUCUUCAAUAAGACCCGUUACAUGAUCGGUGGUUAUUCAUACUCUCUUCGGGAAAUAGAAAACGGUGUGCUUAGAGCCAAUGAAACUGGAAUAGGUAUGAUAACGAAACCUUUCCAAAAGACUGAUCCUCGCCUGCGGGUAGCUAUGCCCGAAGUAAACCCUUACAUUCAUUUUGCACUUGUGUGUGGAGCUAGCGGCUGUCCUCCUAUUUCCAUUUAUUCGGCUGAAGAAGUUCAUGUUCAACUUCAACAAGCUGCAGAACUAUUUUUAGAAAGUGACGAAAAUCUUGUUGUUGAUGCUGAAAAGAAACAGGUGAAGUUGUCUCUGAUAUUUAAGUGGUACAGGAAAGAUUUUCACAAUACCGAUAAGGGGUUACUUGAAUGGAUUUUCUGUGUGUUGAAGAAAGGAGAGAAAAAAUCUAACUUGAGGAAAGUAAUUGAUGAAGGUAAAGUAACUAUAGUGUAUCUGCCAUACAACUGGUCCCUUAAUUCAUAGCUGACACUUCACUGAACACUGGUUUGCUUUAAGCCUCCCUACAUAAGAAACUAAUUGUUUAUUGUUUUAAUAAAUGGGAGUUUUAAUGUCAUCUGUCUUAAAGAAAAGUUACAACUAACGAAGGAAAACCACUGGAUUACAAAUGCUAAAAUGUACACUCUUGACAAUUAUAAGUUGCCAAAGGAUAUAUAAAUUGAAUUUUGUGAAAGCUUGCCAGUAUAUUUAAAUCUUAACUGUGAGUCUGUGCAGGGCACGGCUGUUUGUUGAAAAAAAAUGUUUCUUUACGUUUUUUUUACUUUUUUAAAAUAACUAAUUAUACAACCUACUCUUUUUUUAAAUUUAAAACAAAUCGUGUUUCAGAUGUAAUCGGGCAUUAUUCUCGUUAUUUGGUGGGGAAACAGAAUUCCGUUGACAUUUGUAAUAUAUUUCGUUACGAGAAUAUAAAAACAGUUUAUUACUGCUUGCCCAUGAUUUUAUAGACCGAUAUUGCUCCUUAAACUUUAUUUUUCUAUCACUGUUCAGAGAACGUUUCCUAACUUCAGAUUAUUUUUAUAUUAAAUUUCUCUUUUUUAAAAAAGAACAUGUUUUUAUUUGUUUAUAAUUUAAUAAGAAAAUAAUUUUGAUAUACAACCUUAAAUACAUAUAUAUUCAUAAACUUUAUAUUCUUAGAAGCUAUAGUACCUAUUUCAUAUAUGUGUGUGUGUGUGUGUGUGUCAUCCCCCCCCCCACCUAAAGAGCACGUAUAUUAGAUAGCCACCCUGUUAUCUAAUAAUAUCCGAUGCGAGACAAAUUGGUAAGAUCAGCUGUAAUGGAAUUAUAUAAUAUUGUAUGCAUUGAUUAAUAUACCCACAAAUAUACGAGUACCUUUUUUUUUUCUUAUGGAUUUUCAGAUGACUAUUUUCAGUAACAACGAUUGUUUUGUAAACUCUAUUUUAUUGCGAAAUUAUCUUAUAUUUUUUAAAUAAAAAUAAGCUUUUUGUAUAA